AUGACGGCAACAACUAGCGGGCCCUGGGACUGCCAUGUGCAUGUCUUCGAUCCCGUGCGCUUUCCCUUUCGAAGUACCCGGGCUUACACACCCAGUCCAGCCUCAGUAGACGAUCUGCUGAAUGACACACAAUCCACCGGCAUUGUCCUGGCCCAAGCUAGCCCUGAAGACGGGCAUCAUGGACUCACCAGACAGCUCGAGGAGGCUAAGUCAAGAUAUCCCGGCAUGAUCUUCCGCGCCGAGAUCAUGACUACCCAAGAACCACCAGAGCUCGACGUUGCGAGGCUUCCAUCCGACACAAUAGAUACCUUGCACGGCCUCGGAGUGUGGCUGGUCCAUUGCCAUGCAGAUGGACCUGGGAGUCUGCCGCGCUAUGCGCGAUGUACUGGGGUUGGGGACGGCGUGAUCCCCGACAUCGUCGGUCUGGUAGCAGAGCAUGGAGCAUGUGCGCGACCGAGCGAUUUCGGCAGCCCUGAUUUCGAGUCUUUUGUUGCUCCGUUGCGCACCGGACGUGUCUACGUCGAGAUAUCGGCCCUGUAUCGACGUGCGCCGGAGAACUUCCGCCUCAUGCGAGACGUUGUCCUAGCCUACGCGCAGGCAGCCCCAGACAGGAUCCUGUGGGGUCCGGACUGGCCACAUGUGGACGCCUCGAGGGGCGGACUGGACCCGACACCCCCUGAUGCUCGUGCGAACUGGAGAGAAGAGUUAGACGCUGUGAGGGAGUGGAUCACGGAGGAACAAUUCACGAAGAUGCUCCCUAAUAAUCAGGCCAAGCUGUACUCUUGA